AUGAGGGAGUUCUUUGCAUAUCGGAUUAUGGUUCGUGAGGUUGGUUCGCAGGUCCUUCUACUAUCACGCCGUUUACUUCAACAGUUUCUGGUGGAUGCCUAUACUAUGAUCGAGAGCCAUCGUCUUCGGUAUAUUCGAAAAAAUCAGUCAAAUCUCCGAACACUGAAAUUUAGCAAGUUUGUUGCUGCUGCAAAUGAUGGCAAUUCUAGCGUGGCUAUAGAAGCUAUUUAUACAAUAGAGUUUCAAAAAAGAGGACUCCCACAUGCUCAUAUUCUAUUGUUCAUGGACUCUAAGCACAAACUUCCAAAUGCUGAAGAUAUUGAUCGCAUCAUAGCAGCUGAAAUCCCUGAUAAAGCCGAGGAACCAAGAUUAUAUGACAUUGUGAAGGACAUGAUGAUUCAUGGUCUAUGUGGGAAGUUUAAUAGAGAUUCUCCAUGUAUGCAAGAUGGGAAGUGUAGCAAUUUUUUUCCUCGAAAACAUGUUGAGAAGACAACUGUGGAUGAGCAAGGGUAUCCUGUUUAUAGGAGACGAAAAAAUGGGUCAUCUGUUGAGAAGAAAGGAAUUCCAUGUGAUAAUCGAUGUGUGGUUCCCUACAACAAAGAGCUAUUGUUUGCGUAUAAUGCUCAUAUUAAUGUGGAAUGGUGUAAUCAGUCGCGGUCUAUUAAAUACUUAUUUAAGUACAUUAAUAAAGGCCAAGACCGUGUUACAGGAAUGGUUACUCAGAAGUGUAAUGUCGAGGCUACUUUGGCAGGAACAUCAACUAACACGGCAGAUGUAGUAGGUGAUACCAGAGCAACAGAAGGUGAUAGGACAGCCGCAGAUGGAGGGGAACCAACUAUUGAUGAAAUUAAAAACUAUUUCGAUGCAAAUAUAUUGUAUCUAUCUGCUUGCAAAUCGACAUGUAGGAUUCUAGCAUUCCCAACGCAAUACCGUUCUACACCUGCAGAGAAGCUUACGUUUCAUCUUGAGGGAGAGCAACCAGUAGUCUACAAACAUGGUGAUACUGUCGAAAGUGUAUUGGCUCGAGUGCAGCUUACAAAGACUAUGUUUUUAGCUUGGUUUGAUUGUUGUGAACUAUACCCUGAAGCUAGAGAAAUUACAUAUGUGGAAAUGCCUACCCGAUUUGUCUAUGAUGCUAAGCAAAAGGUUUGGAAUCCAAGAAAGAAAGGUUUUGCUAUUGGAAGGUUAACACCCGUUUCUCCAGGUUCUGGCCCACGUUAUUUUCUGAGGGUUCUUCUUAACAAGGUAAAGGGUCCAAGGUGCUACAAUGAUAUAAAGACGGUUAAAGGGGUAAUCCUACCCACUUAUGAGGAUGCCUGUUACGAGCUUGGUUUGCUGGAUGACGACAAAGAGUAUAUUGAAAGAUUAAAAGAAUGCAGUUUUUGGGCUUCUAGCGGGUACGUGUGCCACUUAUUUGCAAAGAUGUUGUUAUCUGGGUCUCUAUCUAUGCCAAAAUUAGUAUGGGAAUCAUGCACUGAUAUAUUAUCAGAAGAUGUCCUAUACAUUGAGAGGAAGAAGCGUAAAAAUCCUGGAUCGGUUAUGAGUGGUAAAGGUGGAGUCUUUUUUGUCUACGGGUUUGGAGGAACGGGAAAAACAUUUUUAUGGAAUAUUCUUUCAGCUGCAAUAAGAUCAAAGGGUAAUGUUGUUUUUAAUGUUGCAUCUAGCGGUAUUGCUUCUUUAUUGCUUCCAGGUGGGAGGACCGCUCAUUCAAGGUUUGGUAUUCCUAUAAGUCCAGAUGAGUUCUCCACUUGCAAUAUAGAACCUGGAAGCCAUCAGGCCGAAUUGGUUGCGAAGGCUUCAAUGAUUAUUUGGGACGACGCCCCUAUGAUGAGCAAACAUUGCUUUGAGGCCUUGGAUCGUACUUUAUGUGACAUUAUGAAGACUACUGAUGGAAGGCCAUUUGGUGGCAAAGUAGUUGUUUUUGGUGGCGAUUUCCGGCAAAUACUACCAGUUAUUCCAAGGGGAAACAGAGCUGAUGUUGUCAUGGCGUCGCUAAACUCUUCUUAUCUAUGGAAGCAUUAUUUCAAAGUGUUACAGCUGACAAAGAAUAUGAGGCUCUUUUCAGGAACAGAUCCUCGAGAAGCUGAGGAGAUUAAAAAAAAUUCCGACUGGAUUUUGGAUGUAGGUGACGGAAAGAUUAACGAGUCAAACAGUGGAGAAACUAUGAUUGAUAUUCCUAAAGAUCUGCUGGUUAUGAAGUGCACUGAUCCUAUUGAAGCUAUCGUCUCUGAAGUAUAUGGCAACACUUUCAAAGAUUCUAAGGAUCCAUUAUUUUUCCAGGAAAGAGCAAUAUUGUGUCCUACGAACGAAGAUGUUGAUGUUAUUAACAACUAUAUGCUUGAUCGUCUAGCAGGUGAGGAGAGGACUUAUUUGAGUUCAGAUAGUAUUGAUCCAGCUGAUUUAAAAUCCAAAGAUGACUAUGUUUUCUCUCCAGAGUUUUUGAAUAGUAUCAAAGCAUCAGGAUUACCUAAUCAUGCUCUAAGGCUUAGGAUUGGUACACCAGUUAUGCUGAUUAGAAAUUUGGAUCCCACAGAAGGACAAUGUAAUGGGACAAGGUUGCAGAUUACUGGGCUGGCUAAACAUAUUCUUCAAGCGAAAACCAUUACAGGAACUCGAGUUGGGGAGACCGUUUUUUUACACCGAGUCUUGAUAGAGCCCUCAGUUUCAAAGCUUCCUUUCAAAAUGAGACGUAGGCAAUGUCCCCUGAAAGUGGCCUUUGCUAUGACCAUCAACAAGAGCCAGGGUCAAACACUAUCUAAUGUUGGUCUGUUUCUACCUAGACCUGUUUUUUCACAUGGUCAAUUGUAUGUGGCUGUGUCAAGGGUAAAGUCAAGGAAGGGAUUGAAAAUUCUGAUUACUGAAUAA